GUUCAAAUCAAACAGGCGCAGACUGUAACUUAAAUAACAAACUUUAACAAACCCUAAUCUCUUCCGUCCGACGGUACGGUGCAUGGUGCCAAUCUCUGUGCGUUUCUUUCUUUCUUUCUUUCUCAGAGAUCCUCUCUACGGUGAUUGAGGAGCUCUCUCUCUGACUAAUCAACCGAAGCUUGGCUCAGAAGCCCUAAAUUUCCCAAAUUUUUGUAGAAUUUUGGUUGCAGACGGGGGAUCGAUUGCUUGAAAUGGUGACGACGGUGGGAGUAGAGACUAGGAUGGAGAACUCGCAAAGUCGAAUCAGGAAACGGCCCCGUUCGGCGUGGGACGUCGGCCCAUCUCAAUCUGAACCAGAGGCGCAACGGGCCCUGGUGGCAUGUAAUGAAGGGAUUGGAAGGCGUGGAUCGCCUCCGAAACGAGACGAUGAUCGGGAAGGACAUUAUGUUUACAAUCUUGGCGAGAAUCUCACUCCAAGAUAUAAAAUACUUAAGAAGAUGGGUGAAGGCACAUUUGGCCGAGUUUUGGAAUGUUGGGACCGUCAAGCACGAGAGUAUGUGGCAAUCAAGGUAGUUCGGAGCAUACGAAAAUACCGGGAGGCAGCAAUGAUUGAGGUUGAUGUGCUUCAGCAGCUUGCUAAGCAUGAUAAGGGCAUCUCAUGCUGUGUGCAGAUUCACAAUUGGUUUGACUACCGCAAUCACAUAUGCAUAGUGUUUGAGAAGCUUGGACCAAGCUUAUUUGAUUUUCUAAAGAGAAAUAAAUACUGCCCAUUCCCUGUGGAUCUUGUUCGGGAAUUUGGACGACAGCUUUUGGAAUCUGUAGCAUAUAUGCAUGACUUACGCUUAAUCCAUACUGACCUGAAGCCAGAAAAUAUUCUUCUUGUGUCCUCUGAAUAUGUAAAGCUUCCUCGUACUAAGAGGUUUUCUUCAGAUGAAACGCAUUACAGGUGCUUGCCCAAGUCUAGUGCCAUUAAGCUGAUUGAUUUUGGUAGUACUGUGUUUGAUAAUCAGAUUCAUAGCUCCAUUGUUUCUACCAGGCAUUACAGAGCCCCUGAGAUUAUUCUAGGUCUAGGAUGGAGUUAUGCAUGCGAUCUGUGGAGUAUAGGCUGCAUUCUUGUUGAACUUUGCGUGACACACGAGAACUUGGAGCAUUUGGCAAUGAUGGAAAGGGUAUUGGGACCUCUGCCGCAGCAAAUGACUCGAAGAGCCAACAAUGGUGCUGAAAAGUAUUUUAGGCGGGGUGCACGACUAAAUUGGCCUCUAGGAGCAGUUUCAAGGGAGAGUAUUAGAGCUGUGAAGAAGCUUGAUUGUUUAAAGGAUCUGAUAUCACGACACGUAGGGUCCUCGAAAGCCAGUUCCUCUCUGACUGAUUUGUUGUAUGGUUUGCUGAAAUAUGAUCCGUCUGAACGUCUCAUGGCUCGACAGGCCCUUGAUCACCCCUUCUUUAAAAUUCCAACCUGAGUAACCGCACCAUGAAAUUUAAUUGGGUCCACCAUGCUAGUAGUAUUCUGAAGAAGACAAGCUAACUCUUCCAAAAUUGGAGAUAGAUUGAGAGAAGAGAGAGAAAGCUUCACUUGUAUAUGUAUAGAUACUGUAGUGGCUUUUUUUUAAUGAAAUGUUCGAGUUUUUUCCUCCCCUA